AUGGACGACUCGACGGCCGCGAACGAUAGACCUUACGAUAGCCGCCACACUGGAGACGUUAACUGCACUUGUUCUGCUCCCUUCUUCUUGCCCGACCAUGCAUUUUCUUCUUCAGACCACCUCUGCCACAAAGACCGACCGAACCAUGAAGUGACGGUUGGUCAACUUCACCCACCCGGUCAUGGUCUUCCUCUCCCCAACAUUCCUGUUUCUCUGGAAGAUGACUUGAAAUCCCUUGGUCUCCCCUUGUUAGACAAACUUGAGAACCCUCAGAACAACCUCGACACCACACUGCCGCCUUCGUCGUCCAGCACAACAUACCCUUGGUACACCCAGAUGGCGGUUCAUUUCCAGUUGUAG